AUGGGGCGCCGUCCGGCUCGUUGCUACCGCUACUGCAAGAAUAAGCCCUACCCCAAAUCUCGUUUUUGCAGGGGUGUGCCUGACGCCAAGCUGCGUAUUUACGAUGUCGGGAAGAAGAAAGCUGACGUUGAUGAAUUUCCAGCUGUAGUGCAUCUCGUCUCGGACGAAUUGGAGCAAAUAUCUUCCGAGGCGCUUGAGGCUGCCCGCGUAUGCGCGAACAAGUAUAUGAUCAAGCAUUGUGGAAAGGAGAACUUCCACCUGCGGAUGCGAGUGCAUCCUUUCCACGUUCUGCGUAUCAAUAAAAUGCUUUCUUGCGCUGGCGCUGAUAGGCUCCAGACUGGUAUGCGUGGGGCUUUCGGCAAGCCGAUGGGUUUGGUCGCACGCGUGAAAAUCGGGCAAAUUCUCAUGUCCAUCAGAACUAAGGAUGCCAGUGCAAGCGUGGCGGCUGUUGCUCUGCGUCGCGCGGCAUUCAAGUUUCCCGGCCGCAAUAAAGUCUUCAACUCUUGCAAGUGGGGCUUCACGCCAUUUACUCGCGAAGAAUACAAGAAGUGGCAGGCACAGGGCCGCAUUGUCUCGGACGGCGUAACCACGAAGUGGCUGGCCAAGAAGGGACCUCUCUCGAAAACCUUCCCCCUCGCUAAGAAUAUUCAACUGCCCGUCGAAAACUAA